UAGCUCAUCCACUGCAACAAGAGUUGUGAAGAAAACUAGAGGGUUCUGCAUCUUUCUCCUCACUUCUCUGCCAUGGCCGAUGUUGUUGUGGUGUUCGACUUCGACAAGACAAUCAUCGACUGUGACAGCGAUAACUGGGUCAUCGAUGUGCUUGGUGGAACACAAAUCUUUGAUGAGUUGCUGAAAACCCUGCCAUGGAACUCUGCCAUGGAUACAGUAAUGAGGGAACUCCAUUCGAUGGGACGAACGAUUGAAGAUAUCAAAGAAAGCCUGAGGAAAGCUCCUCUGCCAUCCAAUACCAUUUCUGCAAUCAAAUCAGCUUAUGAUCUCGGGUGUGAGCUGCGGAUUGUUAGUGAUGCCAAUAGAAUGUUCAUUGAGACCAUUCUGGAGCACCAUGGCCUAAUCAACUACUUCUCAGAAAUCAACACAAAUCCAUGCUCUGUUGACGAAGGGAGGCUGAGAAUUUUUCCUUAUCAUGACUUCCAGACUAAUUCAUCCCAUGGGUGCAGCCUCUGUCCUCCAAAUAUGUGCAAGGGUAUUAUUGUGGAGAGGAUUCAAGAUUGGGCAUUGGCAAAGGGGAAGAGAAUUAUUUAUCUAGGUGAUGGAAAAGGAGACUACUGCCCUUCGCUGAAGCUCAAGGAAGAAGACUGUGUAAUGCCGAGGAAGAGCUACCCCCUCUGGGAGCUCAUAAUUGGCAAUCCUCUGGCCGUCAGAGCCAAGAUCCAUGGAUGGAGCGAUGCAGAGGAGCUGGAGAGAAUCUUGCUUCAGCUCAUCAAAGACCCGAACAUGGCUGACCACCAGAAUGCUGAACUCUUCAUUUCAAGUGAUUGCAAGUCACAGACUGUGCCACUGUCUGCGCAUGAGGCUUUGCCGAAGGCUCUGCCUGUUCCUAACUAAGACGAAACUGGCUCAAUUACCAUGACAUAAACAUAUAAGACGAGUCCAUUUUCUAAGAGCUUAGGCUUUUAGGAUUAUGGUAGUAAUUAAGCACCAUUAAUUAAAUAUUAACUGUAAACUAUCUAACUAGGGACAAAAGUCCCACCACCAUAUAUUGUGUUCACGCUUCGCUCAAGUUUCUGAAAUAAAUUAAGAAGCUCUCCCUAUAGAUCUUCAUAAUCA